AUGUCAACGCCAUCCACGGCCACUGCAACCCAUACUACGCACCAGCAUUACGGAUACCCCCAUUCUUCAUACCAGGCAGCGACCUCCUAUCCCGCCCCGACCACCGCUGCAGGCGCUCGCCUCCCCAAUCCCUACGCCUACUCAGUUCCUUCGCCUACCACCACCACCCUCCCCUACACGCAAUCCUCGAGAGUCGCCCCGGCGACGUCGACCCCCUCGGGUAUGGCGUCUCACCAGAGUGGCUCAAGUGCGGCCCCCUCACAAGGAGGCCGGAGGAAGAAGCCUGACUGGGGCGAAUUCUACAAGAAUGGCAUCCCCAAGGAGGUCAUCGUGAUCGAUGACAGCCCUGCUCCAGAGGCUGCGAAAGCUCCUCCCGCGCCUCUUGCGCAUGCAUCCUCCGCUGCACAACCUGCCGUACCCCAACCUGCUGGUAAGCGACGACGAACCGGACUCGAAACGGCGUAUGACCUUGGGUACUACGACCGGCCGACCUUCUCUACAAACCCUCAGCAGUACGGUGAUGAUUCGUCGCACUCCUUGUCGACCGAUCGAACUACCUCAUUGCAUACUACGGCCCCAACAUCACUGGGCUCGCAGGGUAGCUCGGGCAUGAGCAACGGUGUGAACGGUGCGAAUGGCGUGUAUAGCGAAGACGCCACCGUGGGCCAAAAGCGCAAGCGGACCACCCGAAAAUCUGCUCGCGACGAGCAGAAGCGACGAGAGGAGGAGACUGUGGGAGACGCGUUCCUCAGCUAUGUUCCUCCACCAAAGCCCCCAAUCAAGGCUAAGGAUGUUCCUGUACCCGUGAUCCGCGACUUCACGAGCACGCGCCACGAAAAGUUCGACGAUGACGAUGGUCACUACGUCGUGACCCCUGACACACCAUUGACAGAUCGAUACUCCGUUAUCAAACUCUUGGGCCAGGGAACCUUUGGCAAAGUUGUUGAGGCCUAUGACAAACAGCGCAAAGCGCGCUGUGCCGUCAAAAUCAUUCGCUCCAUUCAAAAAUACCGUGAUGCCUCUCGGAUCGAACUGCGCGUGUUAUCCACACUGGCCUCCAAUGAUAAAGCCAACCGCAACAAAUGCAUUCACUUACGGGACUGCUUUGAUUUCCGCAACCAUAUCUGCAUCGUCACAGAUCUGCUAGGUCAGAGUGUAUUUGAUUUCCUGAAGGGCAACGGGUUCGUUCCAUUCCCGAGCAGUCAGAUCCAGCAGUUUGCCCGGCAGCUAUUCACCAGUGUUGCCUUCCUCCACGACCUCAACCUCAUCCACACCGACCUGAAACCUGAAAACAUCCUCCUUGUUAGCAACGCCUACCAGACUUUCACCUACAACCGUACCAUCCCCUCUUCCUCUCACGCGAACCCUCGAAAUGCCCGUCAAAGGCGAGUCCUUCUCGACAGCGAGAUCCGACUGAUUGACUUUGGCUCCGCUACAUUUGACGACGAAUACCACUCCUCUGUUGUCUCUACACGGCACUACCGGGCCCCUGAAAUCAUUCUCAACUUGGGCUGGAGUUUCCCGUGCGAUAUUUGGAGCAUUGGGUGCAUUCUGGUGGAAUUUUUCACAGGCGAUGCACUCUUCCAGACGCACGACAACCUCGAGCACCUGGCAAUGAUGGAAGCAGUGAUUGGCGGCAAGAUCGACGCAAAGUUGGUCCGGCAGGUGGUGCAGGGGCGAGCUGGAAGCAACAACAACUCGGCUGCGAAGUAUUUCCAACGGAGCAAGCUGGACUAUCCGAAUGCCGAGACGACUCGCGCUUCGCGAAAGUACGUUCGGGCCAUGAAACCGUUGACCGAGUUCAUUCCCAUGAAUACCCCCUUCAAUCGCAACUUCCUGGAUCUGCUGCAGCGUAUCUUUGUCUACGAUCCGAAACAGCGCAUUACUGCCAAGCAGGCAUUGAAGCACCCCUGGUUCAAGGAAAGCCUGGUCGACGACGGCACCGAAGCGUACCGUAUCGGCGCUGGACUACACCGCCAAGGACGUGGCUAG